AUGCCGGACCCCUCGAAAGGCCAGCAAGACGCGGCCAACCAUGGCUCUCUAGAGACCAAAGCGGGUUUGUCUGCCCAUGGACGGGCCAAAUUUGAGGAGACUGUAUGGCUUUUGGAUACGUAUAAGACUAGUCGCCAUCCCCGUGCCCGUAGUCCAGCCGAGAGACUGCAGCGCCUUCUCAUCAUUUUCUGUGCCAUCAUGUUUGUCGGAUAUCUAGGACGUUUGGCCGGCCUGGGCAGCCUCUGGGCAGCAUCCCACCUGCUUGGUCAAGCACACGGACAAGGCGUAAUCACCGAGGAUACGCAUUUCUACGGCCACUCGCCUCCCGUCUACCCAUCUCCCGACGGCACUGGCGAAGGCGCAUGGGCGGAUGCCUAUGCUAAAGCGCGCAAGUUUGUGGGACAGCUCACGUUGGAAGAGAAGGUCAAUCUCACGGGCGGUAUUGACGCGGACAACUCGUGCUCUGGGAAUAUUGGCGCCAUCGCCCGUCUCAACUUUCCUGGUCUGUGCGUGAGCGAUGCCGGCAACGGGCUCAGGUCCACCGACUUCGUCAGCAGCUGGCCUUCUGGGAUGUCGGUCGGCGCCAGUUGGAAUCGCGAGCUGGCCCACCGGCGUGCGCUGGGCAUGGCCGGCGAGUUCCGGGCAAAGGGCGUGAACAUGAUGCUCGGCCCUGUCGUGGGACCCGUAGGACGCAUCGUGAACAGCGGGCGAAACUGGGAAGGAUUCUCGGUCGACCCGUAUCUUGCUGGCGCUCUCGUCUCCGAGACUAUUGUUGGCAUGCAGUCCCGCGGCGUCAUGACGAGUACCAAGCAUUUCAUUGCCAACGAACAAGAGACGAACCGCAGCCCCAACCCUGAGUCAGGCGUGCAGGCAGUGUCUUCCAACAUCGACGACAAGACUAUGCAUGAACUCUAUCUCUGGCCAUUCCAGGAUGCUGUCAAAGCCGGUACCGUGAAUAUUAUGUGCUCUUACCAGCGCAUCAACAACUCGUACGGUUGUGCCAACAGCAAGACUCAAAAUGGUCUUUUGAAGACUGAGCUUGGUUUCCAGGGCUUCAUUGUCACGGACUGGUGGGCGCAGCACAGUGGUGUCGCAACCGCCCUGGCCGGGCUCGACAUGGUCAUGCCCUCAGGAGACGACUUCUGGGGCGCCAAUCUCACACAAGCUGUUCGAAACGGCUCUGUCCCAGAGUCUAGAGUCACUGAUAUGGCCACGAGAAUCAUGGCCACUUGGUAUCACAUGGGCCAGGACAAAGACUUUCCCAAACCUGGUGUCGGUAUGGCCAAGGAUCUGUCGAAGCCGCACGAAGCCAUCUUCGCAAAGGAUCCAGCCUACAAGCAAACUCUGCUUGACGGUGCCAUCGAGGGCCAUGUGCUGAUCAAGAACGAGAAGAAGGCACUCCCGCUGAAGUCGCCGCGCCUGAUAUCUCUCUUUGGCUACUCAGCCACCGCGCCACAGAUCUUCAACCCCGAAACCCACCGGUGGAACGACGGCGGCGAGUCCGUCGGACCUGCCGACCUCGUCAGGUUGGCAAACGGCACUUCUUGGCACUCCCAGAUCGCCUCCAACGGCACCGUCAUCUCGGGCGGCGGCUCCGGCGCCAACGAGCCGGCGUACAUCAGCUCCCCCUUCGAGGCCCUGAGCCAGCGCGCCUACGAGGACAACACCAACCUCUUCUGGGACUUCCAGUCGACCAACCCCGUCGUCGACCCGGCCUCGGACGCCUGUCUCGUCUUCGGCAACCUGUUCGCCACCGAGGGGUGGGACCGCCCGGGCCUGCACGACGACUACACCGACGCCAUCAUCAAGAACGUGGCCGCCAACUGCAGCAACACGAUCGUGGUCCUGCACAACCCGGGCACGCGGCUGGUCAACAACUUCGUCGGCCACGACAACGUCACGGCCGUCGUCCUCGCCCACACGCCCGGCCAGGACUCGGGCCGCGCCCUGGCGGCCCUCCUCUACGGCGACGCGAACCCCUCGGGCAAGCUGCCCUACACGGUCGCGCGCAACGAGUCCGACUACGGCCCGCUCGCCAACCAGACCCUGCCCGACGGCAUCUACGCGCUGUUCCCGCAGUCCGACUUCGCCGAGGGCGUCUACAUUGACUACCGGGCCUUUGACCGGGCCGGCAUAGAGCCGCAGUUCGCGUUCGGCUUCGGGCUCAGCUACACCACCUUUGCCUUCUCGGGCCUCGAGGCCGAGCUGGUGGUGCCCGGCGCCAGGGCCGGGGCCGCGGGCGAGUACCCCACGGGGCCCGUGGUGGAGGGCGGGCAGGCCGACCUCUGGGACGUGGUGGCGUGGGUCAAGGCGCGGGUCGAGAACACGGGCGACGUGCCCGGCGCCGAGGUCGCGCAGCUGUACGUCGGCAUUCCGGGUGAAGACAACCCCGCGCGGCAGCUGCGCGGGUUCGAGAAGCCGUUCCUGCGGCCCGGCGAGUCGGCGGCCGUCGAGUUCGCGCUGACGAGGCGGGACCUGAGCGAGUGGGACGUCGUGGCGCAGAAGUGGAGGCUGGCAAGGGGGACGUACAAGCUGUUUGUCGGGUCGAGCUCGCGGGAUCUGCCGCUCGAGGGGGAGAUUGAGAUUUGA